AUCGAGUCCAUCCACCUUGCCGCUGGUCGUCCUCUUCUUGUAAAGCAUAUAGAAGAACAGGCCCUGCUGGGAGAGAACCAGCAUGGCUUCUGCAAAGAUGAUCUUCUACAGUGAAGCAUCAUGGAAAGAAAGUAACCAAAGCUACCAAGGAUUCAUUCUACUGGGAGUGGCAGACCGCCCUCAUUUGGAGAUGAUACUUUUUGCAAUCAUCUUGCUCUGCUAUACAGUGACCCUCGUGGGGAACACAACUAUCAUUGUGGUGUCAUGGCUAGACCCCCAUCUCCACACCCCCAUGUAUUUCUUCCUCAGCAACCUCUCCUUCCUUGACCUCUGCUUCACUACCAGUCUUGGCCCUCAGAUGCUGGUGAACUUCUGGAGAAAAAGCAAGUCUAUCACAUAUGCUGCCUGUGUGGCUGAGCUGUACAUCUCCCUAGCUCUGGGCUCUACAGAGUGUAUUCUGUUGGCUGUCAUGGCGUAUGACCGCUAUGCUGCAGUCUGCCAGCCCCUGCACUACACUAUCAUUAUGAGCCACUCCUUAUGUUUCAAAAUGGCGGCCAUCUCCUGGGUGAGUGGCUUCAGCAACUCGCUGGUACAAACAGUGCUGACUCUUCAACUUCCACUAUGUGGCCAGAACCGGGUGGACCACUUUUUCUGUGAGGUGCCAGCUUUUCUCAAAUUGGCUUGUGUUGACACUUCACUCAAUGAGGCUGUGCUCUUCUCUGCCAGUGUGGUGUUUCUUCUAGUGCCACUGGGCCUCAUCAUAGUCUCUUAUGGCUACAUUGUGGCAGCUGUGUUGAGGAUCCGCUCAGCUGAGGGCAGGCGGAAGGCCUUCAACACCUGUGCCUCUCACCUGACUGUGGUAUCACUCUUCUAUGGGACAGCCAUUUUCAGUUAUCUCCAGCCCCCGUCCAACUACUCCCGUGCCUGAGGCAAGAUGAUCUCCCUUUUCUACACGUAUGUCACCACCAUGCUUAAUCCCCUCAUUUAUACACUGAGAAACAAAGAGGUGCAUAGAGCUGUAAGAAGGUUGAUGAACAGGCACUCAACAACUUAGCCCAAUGGUCUCCCAAUUUAUUAACAGAAUAAGCAAAAUCUUAUUAUAUUACUUUUACUUAUUACUUGCUUUUAUCAUAUCUUUAGCAUUUUCCAGUGAUCAGUGUGUCUUUAAACUAAAUCUGUUAAUUUAUUUAAUUAUAUAUUUAUUGCAAAUACAACCACAAUAAAUGCACAACAAUACACCUAUGGAAAAAAUGUUUAAUAGAGAAUACUUGUUUAGAUUAAUGUCCAAAUUACGGUUAUGAAAUCAACUAAGUGAGACCAUGCUUUUUGAAAUGUCUGUCUUUUCCUGCCAUUUCUAAACAGUCAUUAUGUUGUACAUAUGUAUUAAU